GGUGCGGUGCGCUCAGGAGCUCCUCAGUCCCUGCCGACAUGUGUCUCGGAGUUCUCACGCUGCUCGUGGCUGGCGCGGCGGCGGCCAGCGCCGGCACGCCCGUCCCCCCGUCCCUUCUGGUGUACACGGGUGCCGGGCAGACGGGCACCAGCGUCACUUACUACGGCAGCCAGAGCAGCCUGGGCGAGCUGGAUAACCGCGUCGGAUCCAUCUGCCUCAUGGGCUGUUGGAUCCUGUACGAGAACGAGCAGUACAAUGCGCAGAGCGGAGCGGUCCUCCUCACGCUGGGUAUCCGAGGCUGUAUGGAUAUCGACGGAGACCUGCAGGGCAAGGUGUCCAGUCUGCGCUACGUCGGUGACCCGACCGACGCGUCUCUCAGCGGGCUGACCCUCUACUCACGCAUGUAUUUCUCGGGCGAGGAGACGUUCCUGCAGGCCGACUCUGCCAACACCGUGUCAGCCAGCGGCUACCAGUCUGUCAUGGUCUCCGGCCCCGACUCGUGGACCAUCUACUCGGGUGAGGACUACACGGGCGACAGCGUCUGCCUGGAGUCGUACGGCACCUACGUCUGGGUGGGUGACGAGCAGAUCGAGUACGGCGUCUUCUGGACGCCCUGGGAGCUGGGCGUUGUCGGCGGUAACAUCCGCUCCGUGCAGAAGGGCUGCGCGGAGGGAGCGACCCGCCUCCAGUCACAGCCGGUCACCGUCCGCCGCGGUGACGCCGGGCUCGUCGUGAAGAACUAGAGCGACAACAGAGCGCAGUCGGCGUCUACAGAGAGACACUACCGAAACGGCGACCGACCGACGAAAAAUAGCCAACGGAAAUAAGACGGUAGUCAGACGAAGUGCUUGCUCGGUUAAACGGACAGCGACGCCCAGGCAGCGCAUCUGCCUUACGUCAUUGUGAAAGUUUGUGGACAAGAUGCUUGAUGUGACGUUAUUGGUAGCUGUUACUUGUUACGUACGCAAUUAUGGGCCAAAUAUAUGCAUGCUAUGAAAAGCCGGCUUAUGAAAAUCGAUAGAGUAUGAAUAAAUACACCAGAAAUA